AUGGACUUGACCAAGUCCCAAGACCCUGCGAGUGGUUCGAUCUCAUCGGCGGUACAAGCACUGGAGGGACCUAGCAUCAUUGCCAUUAUGCUCGGGAAAUUGGGAAUGACUGUUGAUGAAUGUAUUCGAGCUUACAAGAAAGUCGCCCAACAAGCCUUCACGCCUAAAUCUCGGUCUAUCAUUCCAGGACCACCGAACGGUGCGUUCUCCGCGAAGCAGUUAGAAGCAGCCAUAAAGCAGACAGUCAGGGAGCAUUGCAUGGAUCCCGUAUGCGUGGAACAACGAAAGCGAGGACGAGACACCGCUGGAACCUGUCCUCAUGGCGAAAUGCAGUUUCGCGAUGAUUCGUGCACGAAGACAGCUUUGCUAGCUAUCACAAAGGAUAAUGUUGAUACCCUUCCAACCCUGUUAAAGACAUAUGACACAUCAGCCUCUCUCGAUGGAUGUACCGCUUGGCAAGUAGCACGAGCGACCUCUGCAGCAACUACAUUCUUCAAGCCGAUCAAAGUUGGUCGGGACGAAAUUGAGUUCAUUGAUGCAGGUUUCGGAUACAAUAACCCGUGUGAAAUUCUCAUCAGAGAAGCCAAGAACCAGUUUCCUGAGCGGGAUGAGAUGCGAGUUCUGAGCAUCGGUACAGGCCUCGGGGACGUCGUUAGUAUCAAAGACACGAGGAUGUCUAUCUUAAAGGCCUUAAAAAAGAUGGCAACUACUUCCAAAAAGGUAGCUUUGAGCUUAGACGAACAAUACGGCGCAAGCGGAAAAUAUUAUCGUUUCAAUGUCGAACGUGGGCUUGACGAUAUCUCACUUUCCGAUUGGGAUAAAUCCAGCACCAUCUCUUCACACACACACAAUUACCUGAAUGAGAACAAACGAGAGAUCUACAAGUUCAUCCAGUCUUUAACACAAAUCGCGAAGCCAGAGUCUGCCAUAGAGACUCAUGAAAUCCUGGUGCUUGGUGAGACAGCUAACACAAUUGUACACUCGAUCCCGUUCGAUGAGAACUAUAACUUCACGGGUCGUGAAUCCGUCAUCAACACGAUAACGGACAAGCUCUUCAAGACCAAGGGCUGCAACAGAGUUGCGCUUCUCGGACUCGGUGGUACUGGCAAGACGCAGAUAGCUCUGCAUUUGGCUCACUGGGUAAAGGACAACGUAGAAGGCUGUUCAGUCUUCUGGAUGCCAGCCUUCAGUAUGGCCGGCUUUGAGCAAGAAUGUGUCCAACUCGUGAAAAGGUUGCGCAUUUCGUGCACUGCAGAUCAAGAUCCUAAAGAAGCAGUCCAAAAGUACCUCAGUUCUGGUGCUCUCAAACGAUGGUUUAUGAUUAUCGAUAACAUCGAUGACAUUGAGGUUCUCCUCUGUUCAACGUCUUCAAAGAAGGGAAUCUUGGGUUUCUUACCGAAACAUUGUGAUGGAAGUGUCCUGUUCACAACUCGGUCCAGAAACGUUGCACUGAAGUUGACAAAUGAGUUGGUGCCCCUAUCGCACAUGGAAUUCAAAGAAGCCUCCGAUUUACUCAAAAGAUUAUUGGUACUCCAGAACGAUGACACGCGUAACGAGAAAAUUCUCACCAAACUGUUGGAAGUCCUCACCUACCUCCCUUUGGCGAUUGCGCAAGCCGCAGCGUACAUCAACUUAUACGAGUUACCAAUUACUGAGUACAUUGGCCUUUGCAAUAACACAGACCCAAGAAAUAUCAUGGAACUGUUCGAACACUCAUGUGAUGACGAAACCCAUAAUGACAGGUCUAAAAGUGCUGUGGCUACUACUUGGUUCGUCUCUUUCGAUCGCAUCAGGUACUCCAACCAGUCAGCGGCUGAUCUGCUUUCCUUCAUGGCUUUCAUAGAACCAAAGGCGAUUCCACGAUCUAUUCUUCCAGUCUUUGAGACUGAGCAGCAAUCGUUGCGUGCUAUUAAUACACUGAAAGGGCACGGCUUUUUGAGUCAGCGGGGUCUCGAUCCAUUAUAA